ACAUCAAUGCAACCCAACAUUGCAUUAGGGUCAACGAACUUUCACACUGAAUUAAGAUGGCGACCUCCAUGCUUGUGAAAUGAUGUGAUGUGCACUCGAUGUUUUACAGUCUAAUUCUGAUCUUUAAAGCGUGAUGACGAGAAAAGAGUGCUACUAGGGUUUAUAUAAUGUUAUUUAGAGCCACAACUAAAGACAUAUUCAGAGAACAUUGUAUUAUUGUAUCAUCAGUCCGAGUUCUCACCGGCAGGUUUGCAAAACAUCAUCCUCGGUCCCACGUGCGACAUCUGGUGUUGGCUUCCAAAGGAAAAGUUGACAUUGCCGUUGGACACUGCAGGCCUAACGUUAAUUUAUUUCCAAUUAAUUGUUUCGGCCUGGCCGUGGUGAGAAAUAUCGUUCAUCAGCAUUACAACAUGCCAAAGAGAAAAAGAAAGUAUUCAAACCAUCCACAGAAGAUCCCCAAAUUUGCACAUGAGCGGCAGUUUGUGGAUGUUGAGUACUACUUUGAAAAUGGAUUGAGAAAGAUCAAACCGUAUGUUUAUAAGUUUGAAUGUUAUGCAAAAGGAAGGUGGUUUGGCAGCAAACUUUUGGAUGUCUUCAAAAAAGAGUUUAGAUUAGAGUCUGCUGAAUACUAUGAAACGGCGAUCCGUGAGGGACUGAUCAGAGUAAACAAAGCCAAGGCAUCACCCGAUCGUAUCCUGAAAAACAAUGAUUUCAUGCAGUCCAAGGUCCAUAGACAUGAACCACCAGUAUCAGGAGAACCAAUCCAAGUUAUAGCAGAGACACAAGAAUAUCUUGUCAUCAAUAAACCAUCCUCUAUACCGGUUCAUCCUUGUGGAAAAUACAGACAUAAUACCAUAGUCUUCAUCCUGGGAAAAGAUUAUGGAUUUAAAGGCCUUCAUACAAUUCAUCGUUUGGAUAGACUAACAUCAGGAAUCCUUCUUUUUGCAAGAACGUUGGAGGUUUCCCAUCGCCUAGAUGCUUAUGUCAGAGAUAGGGAGCUAGAAAAGACUUAUGUUUGUAAAACCCAGGGAGAGUUUCCAAGUACUCCUGUUGUGUGCGAAGAACCAAUCUUUAUUGUAUCUCACAAGAUUGGUGUUUGUAGAGUGAAGGAGGAUGGCAAACCUUGUAAGACUACCUUUGAAAGACUCAGCUAUGAUGGUGAAACAAGUAUUGUCAAAUGUUAUCCUCACACUGGUCGAAUGCAUCAGAUCCGUGUUCAUCUACAGUACCUAGGUUUUCCAAUCGUUAACGACCCUCUUUAUAAUAACACUGUUUGGGGUCAGUGUAAAGGUAAAGGAGGAAACAAGAAGCUCACUGAUGAAGAGCUCCUGCAGGACUUAAUAGAACAGCAUGAUAUAGAGAUAGACUCGGCAUUAGAGAAGGCACGACUACAGACACUCAUCAACAAACCCAAGAGUCCCACACACUCCAUCUCUCAGGGAUCAAAGGAAUCAAGUAAGGGUGCUGUCAAGGAUGCUAUCAAGGAUUCAAUAGAUGAUGAGACAUCUGAUAUUCCCAGACUACAGACACUCAUCAACAAACCCAAGAGUCCCACACACACCAUCUCUCAGGGAUCACAGGAAUCAAGUAAGGACACUCUCAAGGAUGUUAUCAAGGAUUCAAUAGAUGAUGAGACUUCUGAUAUUCCAAGCUCAAAGGACUCGGAGGAACCUUGUCAACCAGAACAAUUAACAAAUUCAACUACUGAUGAACAGGAGAAUGCCAUAGGAAAGCAAAACAAUAGCCAUCAAGAAUGUUCUCAAUUGGAUGCCUCUCCAGCAAGUAUAAGUGCCAAUAAUGAACUUACAUGUCUCAAUGAUGUGGAUGAUAUGGGCAAGGAUGGGAAUGAUCUACAACCUCCUGUUGUUUUAGAUGCGGGUAAGGGCAUCGUCAAGGGCAAUGAAGAAAUGGUGGAGCCUUGUGACAGGAUUAGGACUAGUAAUGAUGAAGAAUGCAAGAACAGGUCUUCUGAUCCUGUACAGGACAUCGAUGAUGAUACUGGGACGGAAGCCAAAGAUGUUGAUAGUAAAGAUAAGAGGACGUCUGAUUUGAAAGUCGAGGAUGACUGUGAUGAAGAGAGGUUGAUUGAUGAGAAGACUGACAAACUUGCCGUUUCUCUCUGCCGGGAAUGUCGCAAUCCAAUGCCUGAUCCUGAACCCAAUGAGAUGUGUAUCUACUUACAUGCUCUCACUUACAAAGGACCAGAUUUUGAGUUCAGUGCACCUAUGCCAGCUUGGGCUCAAGAACACUUUGAAAGGACAGGCACCAAGUACUCAUAGCAACAAGAUUCUUGGACACUCAAGAAUCAAUAAGUCAUCAUGGAAACCUCCUUAUAAAUGUUUCGAAACUGACAUCAACUUUAAUCCUCAUCAAAAGUUAUUCCCGACAAUCUUCACCCUAGCAAAUUGUCUUCUGAGAAUUCAAGAUUGGAGUGGUAGUCAUCUAAGAGAACCCCUUUGCACAGCUUUUAACCUGGGGAUCAUGACCACCAUUUUGAUUAUUGUAAUAAGCUAAUUUUUACCACUUGCACGAUGUAAUAAUGUGGAGUCUUUUAAGAACAGUCCUUAGGGGUGCAAAAAUAGCUGUCACAUUAUGAAACCUUUUUUAUUUUUAAGUUGAAAAAACAACAUGAAACGGUGAUGAAAUGUUGCCUUUCCAGUAUUAGCAGGUAUAUUAAGUUUUCCAAUUUGGGUGUUUCACUAACGCUACCAACGUUCAUUAUCACGAGUGUCUUGUGGGUUGACAAGUUUUUCCUAAGAUAGCAUGGUAUGAUUAUGAGAAUUGACGAAUUGAAGGAAUAUGUUGCUAAACAACAAAUUUACAGCAGAAGGGAAGAAUAAGGGUUGUAUUAAGUGAGAUCCCAAGAGGAAACUAGUGUUUUUAAUACCAUAUUUAAUUACUUUGAAAGAGAAACACUAUGCAUAAUGUGACUAUAAAACUGUUAUCUAUUAAUCUAUCAGGAUGAAGGUGAAGGAGUGAGGUCACAAUAAGGGCAUAAUACGCAUGCAUGAAUUAUGAAAAAACUUGGAAUUUGAAUAUUGUUAGUAACCAAAAUAUCAGUUUGUCUGUUAAUAAAGUCAAAAUAUCAAGUGCCAACUACAUAACUAUGGCAUUUUGAUACUGAAUAAUAAGCAUUUGUUUUGAAGUAAUUGGUAUUUCAUGUCUAGUUUUUUGCAAGGAUAAAGAAAACCUUUAUAAACGUCACAAAAAAGAUAAAAAUAUAGAAUGAAUAUUGAUGGAAUGCCAUGCCUCAUCUGCUAAGUUUACUAUAAAGCAAUUAUGGUAGGAGAGGGGGGUCCUUUUCAAUGUUUUUCCUACCGGUACUUCAAUAUACCUCUUCAAAUUAUAUGUUUACACAGAGAGGAGUUUGAUCUGUUGGCGAAUAAAAAUGUGAUUUAAAUAUUGAGUAAACGUUCAAUUUGUCGAGUAUAAAUAUAUAGCAAAAAUAAAAUUAAUGCUUUGGGUAUUAUUUCAUUAAGAUGUUCAUAUAUUUAUAAAUGGUUUGAAUAUUAAAAACAAAAUAUGGGCCUAUUUUUUGUCCUUACAUUUCAACAAAUUUUGACAGCUUUCCUGAUAAUCUCAUCUAUAAAUAACAAAUAACAAUGUACCCAAAAUUUAUCAGAGCACCAUAUUUCAACUGUGCCGAAUCUGAUUGAAAAUGACUGAGGUCAACUUUGCUUGACAUGAUAUACCAGCAGCUUUAUAUAACAACUCCCAGGUUAUGCAAAAAGCCAGGAAUUGACCAUCUGGCUCAGUUUCCUUAAUGACUAUUUUUGAUAAUUUUACAAAUUGGACAGAAAGUGGGAUAGAGAUCUGGUUCACAUUGAGAGACAUUGCAGGACAGGUGUGUUCUUCACUCCUGUUUCUUAUCUAACUUGCCAUGAUAAUCAACAUCAGAAAUGAAAGAUUAGUUAUAAAAGCCUGAUAAGCAUCUAGAACGAGCCAUUUAAGGGUGGCAUCCCAUUCACGAUGAUAUGCAUCCCUGCUCUACAGGAGGAAAAAAUUACGCGUAGACGUCAUAUUUACAUUACAAAUUUUAAUUGUGCCUCUCAAAAGGGGGGGGGGGGCACAGGCCGGCUGUGCCCCCCUGGAUUCGCCAGUGCCUGUAUUAAUAUUACUCUACAAAUGCACUCCUCCCCUGGGCAGAAUGUAUGUUCAAAACUCAUGCUAGAAAUACAGAGAUGAUAGGAAGAAUUCUCUUCAAAACAUUUUCAUUUAUAAAAUAACACCUUUUUGUGUGCAAAAGCACCCAUUUCUAGAUGAUUUUUCUCUUUUACUAUCUAUUUUAAAAGGCAUGCCUGUCAAGGCAAGCUAUUAUGUUAAUGUCAGUGAUAUUAAUGUGUGCAUGUAUGUAUCAUGCCGAGUUAAACCAAAAUGGUUGAUCGCUUCGCCUACAUCAAGGCUAAUAUUUUCAUGCAUUAUCAUUGUACAGAAACACUUGCAAGAUGAAAUAAAGACUUCAUAAGCCACAA